GUUAUUGUGCUCACAGUCACCGUCAAUUGCUAUUUAACUACGCAAGGAUCAACACAAAGUCUUCCUUACUCGUCACAUUCAGCUUCAUUCAAAAUAGAAAAUGAUUCAUUCCAAAAGCAAGCUCUUCUUCGGGCUUGCAAUCCUGUUAUCAUGUUUGCGUCCAUCCAUAGCGGACGGAUCAAUUUCAUUGUUUUCAACCACAGCGGCACGACCGACGUAUACUGUGAGCUCUGUGACUGCUAUCCGAGGUGGUGCCGCUGCGAUCCCCGCUCCAAAGGGGAAGCGAGUUCUAACGAAGAAGCACGUCGCGACUUCGGUAGGGCACGACGAUGAGCUCAUGUCAUCACCAACGGCAGUGGCCAACGUUUUGGCCGAUUUGUGCCCGCACGGGAUGCUUCCAAUAGCCUACGGAAUGGCGGCGGCAGGCGGCACAGGUCCGGUCCUCGCAACUGCGGUCCUUGUUGUUUUUGGUGCCUUGAGUUGGUAUUCACUUGUGUCCUUCGCGCGGGCAGCCGAUGUUGUAUUGGUGCAGUCUAAGGAAGAGCAUGCCGCCGGGGAAUCUUUGUCUGCGGUGUGGGAACGAACUGUACCAAAUGGGAAACUCACCACAUACAUACCAGAUGUUGGAUGCGUAUUCUUGACCGUGGGAUGUUUACUUUUCUACUCUGCGUUUAUCGGCGACAUCUUUGGGUCACUCGUUUCUGGUGUGAAGGGCCUUCCAUCGGUGCUACAAAAACGCUGGCCCGUGCUACUCCUGCUCCACGCAGUUCCCAUUUUACCACUAUGCUUGAAGAAAGACCUUUCGGCUCUCAAGUACAGCUCCAUGACAGGCUUGCUUGGCAUAUUUUACACAGUUUUCUUUGUGGGGAAAAGACUGGUUGAUGGAUCCUACGCUGAAGGUGGAAAGUAUUUUGAUCUCAUGGCAACCAAGUUUCAACCGGCACCUCUAGCCAACUUUCCACACACACAAUCUGGGGUACUAGGGUAUCUGGCGGACAUUCCUUCCAUGUACGCCGGCAAAGGCCUUUUUACUUUGAUGAACAUGUGCUGUGUUGCCUACGCAUGUCACUAUAACGCGGUCAAAUACUACAUGGAGCUCAAAGAUCGUACGGUUCCGACUCUUAAAGGAGUCAUGGCGGCAGGCAUUGGCGGAACUGGUUUAGUUUUUUGGUGUAUGAUGAUGCUUGGAUUUGCCACUUUCGGAAAGCAUUCUCAGGCAUUGCUUCUCAACAAUUAUCAUAGCUCGGUGGAUCUUAUGGCAACGGCGGCUCGUCUCUUUACCGGGAUUGCCAUUAUUUCUGGAUACGCGCUAAUGUUCGCUGGCCUCAAGGCAGCAUUGUUUUCGCUACUCAAACUGGACCAGCCAAACACCACGAACCGUGAUUUGAAGCAGAACACCAUCUCCUUUGGUAUUCUGUCGGCAAUUGCGGUUGCCGCAUGCUUUGUUACGGAACACGAACUCGCCACCGUAAUCGGGAUUGUGGGAAGCGUAUUUGGAUCCGUUGUUAUCUACAUCUUCCCUGCUAUUGUAAAUAUCAGCUUGCUCGCCAAGAAAAACAAGAAAGGCAACCGAAUUGCAGCAUUGUUUUUCCCUGGCGAAGUCCUUUUUAACAAGCUCAUGAUCUUAUUUGGGGCAAUGUUUGCCGUACUCGGAACGUGGAUUUCGUUAGCAAGCGACGAUCAUUAGCUGUAAACAGACAAGUUACCCGUUUC